GGGAAAGGGGGAGGAGGCAGGAGGAGGGCCCGACCCUGGGCAGGAGCCGAGGGUAUCUGAACCGGGUGGAGCCAAGGCGAGCUGAGCUGAGCAGAAAGGGGCUGAGCUGAGACAUGGAACCAUCGCUGCCCAGGUAGUGGAGGUCUGGCCCCUUCCGCGGGCAGAAGCUAGGCCGUUUGGGGAUGUCAGGCUACACCCGCCGCAAGGGGCUCACUCCGCUUUCCCGAGCCCGGACCCUCGUCAUUCAGGACGAAGAUAAUCUUGAAGAUCUGGAUGAGGCAAAUCCAUUUUCCUUUAAAGAAUUUCUGAAAACCAAGAACCUUGGCCUGUCCAAAGAGGAGGCAACCAAUGCUAGAAUUUACACUAAGGAAUCUACAAGACAUACAUUAGGACUUGAAAAUAAUUGCCUAACUUCUAAGUAUGGUUUAGACUAUGAGGAACCUUUUUUUCAAGAUACAACUGGUGCUGGAGAUUUGUUGGAAGAAGAUGAAGAUGAUGAUAACUGGAGUGGAACUUAUCUGCCAUCUGCCAUGGAACAAACUCAUGCUUCUAGACUUGCUACUAGCACAUCACCACGUAGUUCAUAUAUUUCCUUUUUUUCCAAUCCAUCUGAUCUGUCAGGCAUCGAGUCUCUAGAUCCAUGGACCUUAAGUGAAAGUGACCCAUGUAUUUCUCCUUCAUCUCAAGUGAACAACACAAACAAAGAAUUUGCUGGUCAUGGGGAAUACUUGGGAGAUAGUCAUUUUCGGUCACUGCAGAUAAACUAUGAAACACUUAAAGAAGAAAACUCUAAACUAAGAAGAAAAAUUAGUGAGAUUCAGAACUUCUCUGAAUCUCAGACAGAAAUGGUAAGAACACUUGAACGAAAAUUAGAAGCAAAAAUGAUAAAAGAGGAAAGCGACUAUCAUGAUCUUGAAUCGGUGGUACAACAAGUGGAAAAGAAUCUCGAGUUGAUGACUACACGGGCUGUGAAGGCAGAAAAUCAAGUUACAAAACUGAAGCAGGAAAUAAAUAUGCUCCAGGCUCAGUUUACUAAUUCAAAGAGAGAGAAUGAAGCCCUGCGAUCUGGUCAAUGUUCCAAUUUGACAGUAGUUAAACAAAACACAGAUGUUGCCUUGCAAAAUCUCCGAGCUGUCAUGAACAAUGCACAUAGUUCGAUAAAGCAGUUGCUUUCUGGAGCUGAAACAUUGAAUCUUGUUGCUGAAAUCCUUAAAUCCAUAGAAAGAAUUUCUGAAAUUAAAGAAGAGCCUUGACAAACCGCUGAAAUGUCUUCUGGCUUAAAGCUCUGCUUAAGUGCUGAAAUCACUUCUUGCUUUACUUGGGGAAUACAAUUGUGUCUUUAAAUA